UUACAUUCCUACUUCCAUUGUAAACAAUGACGGCACUUUCUUUGUCGUUUCUGAUUUAAUUGGUUUGUUGUUCUCAGUUCGUUCAGAUCAGUUUUGUUCUUGACUCUCGAGUUGUGUGUUUUUGUUUAACUUGAUAAAUCACCGUAUCGAUGGCAUCGCAACAAACGAACGUGUCGGACUCCGAGUGGGAGGAUUACAAAAGCAAAUUCAAUAAAUCCUAUAAAGAUGCAGCGGAUGAGCAGCAGCAUCGCGAAAUUUACGUAGCCACCAAGGCGAAGAUCGCGGAGCACAACGCCAAAUAUGAAGCAGGUCAGGUGACUUAUUCGAUGGGGAUAAAUCAUUUCGCUGACUUGACGGAGGAGGAGCGCGGGCGGUACCUGGGAUGUCGUGUUCCGGAAUCCAAAUAAUUGUUGUCCUUGAAUUGAUUUUAUACGUUUGACUUUUUUGAGAAUAAAUGGUUUGAAAUACAAA